GUGAUUAUAUGUUAAGGACCGAUAAAAUGUCCAGGACAAACGUACGAAAAAUGGCAACUGCUGUUUGUUGCAUAGGACAAGGCAUUUUCAUGGCAGGUUUAGCAUUCUCUGGUAAUGAUCACAUCGCGGCUAUUGUGUUCAUGACUCUGGCGACUGCAGUUAAUGGAGCCGUUUCAACUGGGCCAUUAGCCAGCUUUGUGGAUUUGAGUCCCAAUUAUGCCAGUAUUACGCUGGGAUUGAGUGGUAUGAUUUCUGUAAUGCCUGGUUUUAUUUCGCCUGCUAUCGUUGGUAUACUAACAUUUGAAAACCAAACGAUAGAGCAAUGGCAGAAAGUUUUCCUCCUAGCGACAGCAAUGUUGGUCGUUUGUGGUCUUUUAUAUUUGGUGUUUGCGGACUCUAAUCUACAAUCCUGGAACAGUCCAGAUAAAAUCGUUCAAGAUCCCGAAGAAAUUGUACCAAUGACAGAAAAACCUCGUAUUGUUAUCACUAAAAAUUCAAUUCCAACAAGUGAUCUGGCUUAUACUAGGCGCCAAGAAAAAAAGGCGAACAAUGUAGAUAUUAUUCGUAAGAACAGCGACACUUCGAAUAAAACUGACUCGUAAGAAUUUUGUGAAAAGUGUUUGUGAAAGUAUUAUUUUGUCAAAAGGACGAUUUAGGCUAUGUAGUGACUGUAUGGUUAAGAACUAUAUUAGAACUUAUUGCUCAUAAAUCCAAACAUACAAUAAUCUUUAUAAAAAUACUUAAUAAUUUAUUAAAUAUUUUUACAUAAAAAAUAAAAAUAGUAAAAACGCACUUUAAUUUAUAUUUUAAUACAUUCAUUAUACUUUCGGAUGUGUCCAUUGUAUAAUAUUGUCAUA